AGAGCUGCAGUCCUUUCUUUCUUUCUUUCUUUUUUUUGGGGUGUUUUUUUUUCCAGCGCGUGGAACAUUGCUCAGGGCACAUCGCAUGGCGAACCGGUUUUGGUUUUUUUAUUAUUUUUUUUCCUCCUUUUUCUACGGUAUUGCAGACCUGCAGCCUGCAGGACCAAUGGGAUCCCGGGGAAGAAUAGAACUGCCGAAAAAGCGAGCUUGGAUUCGCCCGGAAGAAGUAAGCGAAUGCGGAUAAACCAGUGAGAUACCGGUAGUCGAUGGGGGUACCUGGUACAUACUGGUACAAUAAUAAACCUUUCCUCAACACUGGGGCAGGGAGGAGUGAGGUUCGGGGGGCAUCUUUUGAGGAGCCGAUUCCUGGUCUGGCCUCCGCUCUGGUGGCUGACCUAACCCUCUUCUUUCACAACCGUAAAAACUGCUUUUCUUCCGGAGUCGAGCCCGUCGAUGGCUCUUCUUCCCCGGUUAAUUCUCUGCUCUAGUUCAAUUGCAUCCCAACUUGGGGUUGCGUGCUAGGCGCUCUCUCUCUCUCUCUCGUCUCACAAGGCGCGUCAAGAUUUUAUUCCGUUCCCUUUUCUGGGCUUUCUCGUCUCGUCUCCUCUUUUUUUUCCAUACCGCAGGAAAGUCUGGAACGAGGGGGCAAAAAUAGAAGGGAGGACAAUACCGUAGAGGAAUAGGAACCUUUUGACUCAGGCGCUCGAGUUUGCUUGCAAAGACUUGAAGCCCUUUUCUAGGAUUUUUUUCUCACUUUGGAGGUGUUUAUUUUCUUUCCCUUCUUCCCUUUCUAUUUCUUCCUCAGGCAUAAACUCGCAUUAUUAUUUUUCUUGAACUUCUUUUCUGCUGCUCACUGCCGCCUUGUGUGGUGAACGAGGUAAACGAUAGACGGAGGGAGAAAGGAGUGAGGUUUGUUUCCUUGAAGCUUAACCACUCCGCUCCUUGCAGUCUGCACCACGCUUUUCUCAACCAUUUCCUCCAACCCGUAUCAUACGCCCUCUCGCCUGCGUCAAGUAACCCGCAGUAACAAAGGGCAGCUUUGCCGCUGCUUCAUUGUCGAAUUGGAUUGUCUUGCGUCAUUCUCUUACACCGCCACCACUGUGAGGUUUGCCUCAUACAAUCUCAUAACGCCGUCGUGAGUUAGGGCUCUGUACAAGUAGUCACUAAGAAAGGAAGGAAGGGAGAAAAGCGAGAGGUUUGGGGGAGGAGAUCCGGGGCCCUUCACAGCAUCUACCUUCCUUCUCUACCCCCUUCUUCCUUCUCUCAUCCCCCAACCCUUCUUCGAUCGAAUAUGGAGAAUAAUGGAAAUAUUGUCUCCUUGGGCGACACCUACCAUCCUGGGACUUCGUUAGCACCGGAUGUCGUGUUCUACAUCCACUACGCCUACCCAGUAUCUCUCUUUUUCUUCUUUCUAUUCACACUGACUUGGUGGGGGAUCUCGACUUCUGAAUCUUCGAAACCCACUCCACCGCCUGUUACUGGCAUCUACGACAACGGGAAGAGAAAGAAAAGGCGCCAGAGGUCGGGCCGAGCUAACAGUGGCCUUUUCGGAAGGAUCGCAGAGCGAUUUCCCGGAGGCGCGAAAGCCAAAGGAAAGAAGGUGGCCGAUGAUAAACUAACUCCGCUGAGAAAGGCCGCGUUCAAUUGGUUAUUGGUCGGUGUAAUUUUCACCUUAGUCGCGAACUCAACAAACGUCAUUUUGCAUGCUUUGACAAAGAAGGGUUGGUGGUGCGGGAAAGAUUAUGUUAUCUGCACUGUCUCGCUGCUCUUCAUAUAUGCAAUCAUCCUAAUCUCGCAGCUUGAUAACAUCCUUUACCCCACAUUACCCCAUCUCGCAUCGUGGUUUUUUGGUUUGGUUGGCGAGGUUGUUCUCUUGGUAGCGAACAUUUUCACUUAUGGAGAGAAGCAUGGUCCGUUGAUUGGUGGGAGUGGUGUAGGUGUCGGAGCUUCCAAAAACCGCUUUUCACUACACAAUUGGGAUAUUGUAGACUUAUCUAUCGAUGUUCUUCGGAUUGUCUUCCUCGUGCUAUUGGUCGGGCUAUACGUUUUCCUCAUCAUACUCUCGGGGCAGGAAUCUGACGAUAGUGACUCGGAGGAGAGCAGCUCACUUUUAGCCUCCUCUUCCUCAUCUACGGUCGACGGUGCGCCAGAUUAUGGCUCUGUCCCCGCGCAUAGAAAACAUGGUGUCCCAGAGCCAUCGACUCAUGCCCCGGCUGGAUGGGGUAGGCGGGCUGUUGUUGGAAAGCAAAGCUGGUGGGAAUAUGUCCAAGGCUACACCAUCUUUUUCCCAUACCUCUGGCCAAGUAAGGAUAGGAGGCUGCAGUUCCUCAUGAUAAUUUGUUUUAUACUCAUGGUGCUCCAACGUGGUAUAAACGUGAUGGUGCCGAUACAACUUGGAAAGAUUACAAAUAUCCUCGGCGGGUCAAACGGAGAACUGCCACGUCUCCCAUAUGUCCAAAUACUUCUAUAUAUUGUUUACAGGUUCCUUCAAGGCAACAUGGGUAUUCUUGGUGCUAUCCGUAGCAUGUUGUGGAUACCGAUUGGCCAAUAUUCGUACCAAGCCUUAUCAACCUCAGCGUUUGAACAUGUUCACUCCCUGUCACUCGACUUCCAUCUUGGCAAAAAGACUGGAGAAGUUUUGAGUGCCCUUAGCAAGGGCAAUGCUAUUAAUACCUUCCUUGAACAAGUUACAUUCCAAGUCGUUCCCAUGUUGUUUGAUUUGGUGGUUGCAGUUGUAUACUUCCUUGUCUCUUUUGAUGCGUAUUAUGCGCUUAUCGUGGCUAUUGUCACCCUGUGUUAUUUGUACAUUACAGUGAGGAUGGCCCAAUGGCGCGCGGAUAUUCGUAGGGAGAUGGUCAACAGGUCUCGCGACGAGGAUGCUGUCAAAAACGAUUCUAUGGUAGCCUAUGAAACUGUCAAGUACUUUAACGCCGAAGGCUACGAGUUUGGUAGGUAUAGAGAUGCUGUCAGAGCCUAUCAGAAGGCAGAGUACAAGGUCCUCUUCAGUUUGAACAUUAUGAAUGUCACUCAAAACCUCGUUUUCACUAUCGGACUUGUUGUGGCUUGUUUUCUGAGUGCAUGGCAAGUUUCGACCGGUGAAACAUCGGUUGGAAGUUUCGUCUCCUUGCUGGCAUAUCUGGCGCAGUUACAGGGCCCCUUGAACUUCUUCGGGACAUUCUAUCGAAGCAUCCAGAGUUCCAUGAUCAACUCCGAGCGUAUGCUUGAAUUGUUCAAGGAGCAGCCUACCGUCGUUGAUGCGCCGCACGCUGAGAAGCUUACUAAAUGCGAGGGUGAAAUUUCCUUCAAGGAUGUGCAUUUCUCUUAUGAUGCUCGGAAGCCAGCCCUACGCGGGCUUGACUUUGUGGCUAAACCAGGAACUACUACUGCGUUUGUUGGUGAGAGUGGUGGUGGCAAAACAACGGUUUUGAGGCUUCUUUUCAGAUUUUAUAACAUCGAGGAGGGUAGUAUAGAGGUUGAUGGAAAGGAUGUACGAGAUAUUACGAUCGACUCGUUGAGGUCGCAUAUUGGCGUUGUUCCCCAGGACACCGUGCUUUUCAACGAGAGCGUAAUGUACAACUUGAAAUAUGCCAACCCUAACGCAACUGAUGAAAUGGUAUUCGAGGCCUGCAGAGCAGCCAGCAUCCAUGAUAAGAUUAUGAGCUUCCCUGAUCGCUAUAACACUAAGGUUGGCGAGCGAGGGUUAAGGCUUUCCGGGGGGGAAAAGCAAAGGGUCGCAAUUGCACGAACGAUCUUGAAAAAUCCCAAAAUAAUUCUCCUAGAUGAAGCCACUGCUGCAUUGGACUCUGAAACAGAGCAGCAUAUUCAGGCCGCGCUGAGGGAGCUUGCUAAAGGUCGAACUACCCUUGUCAUCGCCCAUCGCCUGUCAACCAUCACAGCUGCCAAUCAAAUUCUCUGCCUUCACGAAGGACAAGUCGCUGAAGCCGGCACUCACGACGAACUACUUGCCAAGAAUGGGCGUUAUGCGAUGAUGUGGAGAAAGCAAAUCCGGGCAGAACAGAAGCAAAAGAAAGCGGCGAUGAAGAAGGACGAUGAAUCUGAAUCAUCAACCGAGGACACCGAUGAGUCGCUUAUCGAUCUGGCUCCUUCCCACCCGUCGGGGUUUCCCGGAAAUGGCAGCAUGUUAGAGAACGAGGCCGUCACCCCGGAAAUGAUUGAUACACCCCCCGGUGAAUUGAGCCUUAUGCCGGUAAUCGCUAGUGCGCAAAACACUGCGGGUGGAGGUCCUAGCACCACAGAAAUCGAGGUCACCCCUAAGACAGCUGCGGCCGAGAGAGUCGUGGAGGAGAGUCCAGUUUUGAGUCCAGUGACUAGUCCGCUGGCGAGUCCUGAACCGCCUUCUAGGAAAGGCAAGGGCAAGAAUAGGGGAGGGCUGAGAAGAAGUGGUAGUGCACUAUCAGCAAGCGUCGGCGGAUCAAGCGGGGGGCCACCACUAAGCUCUCAUGGAAAAUGGAGUACCCGGGGCAUUAAGAGGGCGCUCAGCUUCAAAGACUCUAUACUCCAUCGAAGGUCGGCGGGUGUUGCUGGAAGUGGUAGUCCGAGCGGCAGUGAAAGGGGCAGCGAGAGGGGGAGCGGGAGGAGUAUCGAUAAUAAAUAGUUGGAACAGCGCCCGGAGGCGGGGGGAAAUAAAAUUGCAUCAUGGCGGACGAGACGAGGCGGCGAAAAUAAUGAUAAUUUGCAUUGAUGAAUAUAACGACGGAUACGGGUGCCGGAUCUAAAGCGGAGGAACAAAAGCAUAAUCAGAAGUUUAUACUGGGAUAGAUUUUGUUCAUUUCUCAUCAACGAACGAACAAACGAACAAAGAAAUUAUUCAGCCAUCUGUCAAGGAGUCGGACGGUUGCACGAGUUUUAUUUGUGUAUUGUAACGAGGGGAUCGACGGGUGUAUGGAAGGGGAAGGGAAGGGUAUCAUGGGCCAGACCAUUGUUAAUGAAAUCAUUGUCUGA